GCUACGCAUAUCGCGCACACGUGACCAGUCAUCCAUAUCUCGUCCUUUUUUAUUUACCUGUAGUGACGGCAAUUAAAUGCUGAUAAAUCAUAUACUUACCUGGUAUUUGGUUUUGGACCCUCAUCGUGAUCAAAGGAUUGCAUAACUCGUAAUUAUUUUAGAAACAUGGAUUAUCUUACAAAGAAGUGGAAAUAUUGGUAUUCCUAUCUAGAUGUAAACAAAGAUGGCAUGAUUUCUUUCGAUGACGUCGAGGAGUGCCGAAAGAAAUUCGCAGAACUCCACGGCCUGAAAGACGACAAAGCCAAAUCCGUCAAAGUAGAUAUCGAAAAAUGGUGGAACAAGUAUAUAUUCCGAUCAGGGGCCGGAAAAGAAUUAAGCGAAAAGGACUUCCUUGACAUUUUGACCGCCGAUUACAAAAAGGACAAGGCAAAGUUCAAGAAGAGCAUUGAAGAGUGUUUCACCGAGGUUUUCAAGGUCAUCGAUAUCGACAAGGACCGAACCAUUGACCUGGACGAGUUCCUGUACGCCUUCAGGGCGUUUGGUCACGACGACGACGCGAUCCUGACAACAGUGUUCAAAUCCUACAAGGCAUCCAAUGAUAAAGUUCCCAUGAAGCAGUUGGUAGAUUCCUGGGUCCAGUUCGUGUGUGACGAGGACAGCACGAAAAAGGACGUGCUGAAGGAGGCCUUUGAAAAGGGAAUGUAAUGAAUCAUCCAAUACAUUUUCCGUGUAUGGCUGCGAAUGUGAUCUUCCUUUGAAUGUGUUGUAUUAAUAAAUAAUGAAGACAUAAAUUUUUGAUCUCUAGAAAAUUUAAACAGUGUAGAUUUUUUUUACAAA